GACAGCUCGCAUCAUUGCUGCUGGAAACGCAAAUAUUGCGGCGACACUGAUAAUUCAUCAGGUGCUCGAAUGAUGAAUCCACUGGCAAGGUCAUGACAUCUGUCUUCAACCACCGCUUUCUCGCCGUGAAUACGGAAGUUUACUUGCUUGCUCUCUUUCUCCACCCAAUGUGUCGGAAACUUGCUGUUAUGCAGGUAGCCAAUGGCAGGUCAUUUGAACUCAUGGUGAAGGUCGCACUAUUUGCUGGUGGCCAAGCAGAUGGCCUUCGUAAAAGCUGCGGAGGCUGGGAAGUCCACCCGUUGUCGACAUGCUCACAUGCACAUUCGUGAAGAGGUUGGCAUUGCUG